CAACUAACACGAAUUACCACUAUGCAUUAUCUUCGCAAGUAUCUGCUUAUGGGUGGGGGAAUUGGCCCACUCUCUUUGUUGAAUUGAGUUCAUUGAUAUAUUGGGCUUAAGCCCGUUAUCCGCUUUAAUGAAAACCAAAAAAAAAACAAAGAAAAAGAAAGAGGACAAACGUGCUUCGAUAGUUUGAAAAAUAGUGCUCUUGAUUUUGGAGCCUGCACUGAUUCCAAGCACACCGGCCGAACAGUCGUAGUUUUUCUCUUGCACAUUUGCCAUUUGUUCUUGGUAUGUAUCGAGAUGGAGUCUUCGUGAUUUAUCCUUUUUCUCGUCCUGUUUUGCUAUCCACAACUUUGUUCUUGUCAUUAGUUUAUUAGAGUUUAGGUAAGCCUGCACGCAUAUUCAAUCUUGCAAUUUGAUCUCUGCUCUCCUUGUCUCUUCAUUGUGCUAGCCUGAUAGUUCGUGAAGGACAAGAUCAAUGGUAGCCAACGAAGAGGAUUCAACGCUUGUCAAGCUAGAAUUGGCGUGCUUGGAUAUGAAAACACUCCUACAAUCAUCGGUUAAGAUGGAAAAAAGCCUGGAAGAGAUGGAAAGGAAGUUUGAUUUUAUAGAUGAAAGUCUUUCAACAGCUGCAAAAAAAGUAGCACCUUUGCAGUCCUUGGCUAUGGCUGCAAAGGCUCUCGAGACUAGAAUAAAUAGAGCUGUCUCUCAGGCUCUUGCUCUCCUUCAAAGUUUCAAGCUCUCUGAAUCCCUUCAGGACAAGCUUAUUGAACUCUCCAACAAACUAUCUAUUGAGAAAAACUCGAGAAAGAGGCUUAAAAAGCUGCUCAAAUAUGUCAACUGCGUUGAUCAGCUUAAUUCAGCUAUUAACUUAAUCAGUCGCGAUGGUGAGCCUGUGAUUCAAAAGCUUCAAGAGGUGAUGGAAUUCUUGAGCAGGACUAAAGCUACGGAUCCAUAUCGAACCAAAAGAUUGAAGGAGACUUUAAUCACACUUAGAGCUCUAUAUGAAUCUGAGGUUGAUGCCAUGAGGUUUGAUGGGUUGUUUGAUGAGGCUUUACUGAAGCUGCAGGAUGAAUUCGAGAUUAUGUUACAGAAAAUAAAUCAUCAAAAUAUAGGGGAGCAACAAGCAGAUGAAGAAGCUGAUCAGAUAGUGGUUUCUGAACUUGGCACGGAAAUGGAGAUCCAAGUUCUCAGGAGAAUUGCAGAAACCCUGGCUGCCAAUGAUUGUUUGGAUAUAUGUAUUGAUAUCUUCGUUAAGGUGAGAUACAGAAGAGCAGCAAAAGCAUUAAUGCGAUUAAACCCUGAUUACUUAAGAACAUACACUCCGGAAGAAAUUGGUGGAAUGGAGUGGGAGAGCCUGGAGACAGCAAUUUCUCUCUGGAUCCAGCAUUUCGAACUCACAGUGAAAACAGUCUUUGCAUCAGAAAAGAAACUUUGUAAACAGGUUUUGGGAGGACUUCCGGAAGUGCUUGUAUGGCUGGAGUGUUUUGUCAAGAUUGCAGACAAAAUCAUGGCAGUAUUUUUCCGAUUUGGAGAAGGCGUUGCAAGAAGUAACAAAGAACCACACAAACUGUUCAAGCUCUUAGACAUGUUCGACUCCUUAGAAAAGCUGAAAGUCGAAUUCUCAGAGGUUUUUGAAGGUGAAUCAGGAGCUGAUAUUUGCAUACGUUUUAGGGAACUCGAAAAGCUACUCGUGCAUGCUUCAAGCAAAGUAUUUUGGGAGUUCGGCCUCCAAAUUGAAAGCACUUCCGAUGGUUCGCCUCCACCACAAGAUGGUUCAGUCCCAAAACUUGUGAGAUAUGCUAUCAAUUACCUUAAGUUCCUUACCACAGAAACAUACAGUGCACCCAUGGCUAAAGUUUUCCGAACAGAACAAGUUUGGAAAGCGGGCAUAUUAUCAAAACCUGUAACAGAAGAGAAUUUACUCAAAGAUGCCAUCUCUAACAUUAUGGAAGCUCUUGAGAGAAACAUCCAAUCGAAGCAUUCACGUUACAGAGACAAAAUUUUGCCCCACAUAUUUGUCAUGAACUCUUAUUGGUACAUUUACAUGAGAAGCAGAAAUACAGAACUUGGGAAGCUUUUAGGAGAGCAAUACAUGAAAAAGAAAUACAAGACUGUUGCCGAGGACUCAGCUUACAUGUAUCAAAGGCAAGCAUGGGGACCUUUAGUCAGGUUGUUACAGAAGGACGAAUUGAAGGAACAAGAUAACAACAACAACGGCAGGGGAACAGGAGCUUUUAUAAGAGGUAAAAUGGAAGCAUUUUUCAAUUGUUUUUAUGAGAUCUCACAGAGGCACAGAGGGGGUUAUAGCAUUCCUGACGCUGAUUUGAGAGUACAAAUAAGAGAAGCAACAGUGAAUAUGGUGGUUCCUGUUUACAGUGAAUUCUUGAAUACACACUCAACUUUGUUGCCUGCAAAAUCUUAUGUUAGUCCUGAAUCUUUGCAAGGUUUGCUGGGUCAGGUUUUCAAUGGAACUGAUCGAACGGGCGAUGGAAGGCUGAAGCGCCCAGAUUCCAAGGAUAGAGUUCCUGGAAGGAAUUCGGUUUCCAUGGAGGGAGAGCUUAAGAAUUUAAGACGAUCAAGAUCAAAUUCCAUCAAUGUGUGA